AUGUCGACGAUUCAACAGCUGAAGAAUUUUAUCCGCCAUGGCAAACAAGCUCGCAAUGUUCAUGUAGACGAUGAGCCCUCAAGGAAGAAUGACACGCCAUCUGCUCCCGCUGCAGACAAGCACAAGAAGAUGAACAUCUCCGACCCCGCCCUACACCAGCAGCUUCGUCACAAGGAGCCGCUCGAAGCUUACUCGGAAGCGCCGGGGGAUGCCAAGAAUCGAGCUGCUCAAGCGCACAACGCUGCCGCCCACCAGGUGGAACCUGCCCAAGAUGUAAACGCAAAAGCGACGGGUGCCUCCAAGAAACGCGUCGACGAUGCCAGCCUGGCCAAGCUCGUCGCCGAGGAAAACGCAAGCAGGGCCAGGUUCCCCAGGUACCCCGGUCUCGAACGAUGGGAGCUGAUCGAAAAGAUGGGCGACGGCGCGUUUAGUAACGUAUAUCGUGCCCGUGACUUGGAGGGCGAUGCUGGCCAAGUUGCCAUCAAGGUUGUUCGCAAGUAUGAAAUGAACAACAUGCAACGGUCGAAUAUAUUGAAAGAAGUCCAGAUCAUGCGCCAGCUGGACCAUCCCAACAUCAUCAAGCUCAUCCACUUUGACGAAUCCAAGCAAUACUACUACAUUAUUCUCGAACUCGCGCCUGGUGGCGAGUUGUUCCAUCAGAUUGUCCGUCUCACCUACUUCAGUGAGGAAUUGUCUCGCCACGUCAUCAUCCGGGUCGCCCGAGCGUUGGAGUACCUACACGAGGAGAAGGGAGUUGUUCAUCGCGACAUCAAACCUGAGAACAUCCUGUUCAACCCGAUACCUUUUAUCCCCUCCAAAGUCCCGAAGCCAAAGCAACCCGGUGACGAGGACAAGGUGGAUGAGGGCGAGUUCGUCGCCGGUAAAGGUGCGGGGGGUAUCGGUGAGAUCAAAAUUGCCGAUUUUGGCUUGUCAAAGAUCGUCUGGGAAAGCCAGACCAUGACGCCAUGUGGCACCGUCGGUUACACCGCCCCCGAAAUCGUCAAAGACGAACGGUAUUCCAAGUCUGUGGAUAUGUGGGCCCUCGGAUGCGUGUUGUAUACCCUGCUCUGCGGAUUCCCCCCAUUCUACGAUGAAAGCAUCGAGGUCCUCACCGAAAAAGUUGCCAAGGGGCAAUACACUUUUCUAUCACCGUGGUGGGACGAUAUCUCCCCCUCCGCCAAAGAUCUCAUCACCCACCUAUUGACCGUCGAUCCGGACAAGCGAUACACCAUUCGUGAGUUCCUUGCCCACCCGUGGAUCCAGGCCACCGGACCGACCCCUGGCGAGGAGAGGAGAAAGUCGGAGGCUGUUCUCAGGGGGUUCGAUGCCAGUAAGCUGGACGACGUGGGCAAGCGAUAUGAUUUCCGGUCACCCGGUGCCGUCAACUUACGCGAGGUGUUUGACGUGAGCUAUGCCGUCCACCGCCAGGAAGAAGAGGGCAAGCGGCGUGCUCAGGUCGGAGCUCGAGCCGGUGGCAUGGGUAAACCCCUCGGCGGCUUGAAUGAGGAGGACGAGGAUGCCGACGAAAUGCAACUCGACCAGCAAGCUCAGAACACGGCUCCCAACGGUACUCGUGCCCUCGAGCAAAGCAUGCGGAAUGCCAAUAUUCGAGAUCAAGAAGCUCAUGCUCGGGGACGGGAACGUGAACGAGCGGCUGCCCCCUCGGCCGAAAGGGGAUACGGCCAGCACUCAGCAGCAGUGACUGCCGCAGCCAGGCAACAGGUCCGAGACCGAAAUCGACAAAAGGGGGCGUUUGAGUUGAACCUCGACAAUGCGACACUACUCGGCAAGCGAGGCAAAAAGAUUCCUGCCAUGAGCGCAUAA